AUGCUGCUGUCCCUGGGAAUGCUUAUGUUGUCGGCCACGCAAAUCUACACCAUUUUCACCGUCCAGCUCUUUGCUUUCCUCAACCUGCUGCCUGUCGAGGCCGACAUCGCAGCUUACUCAUUUGACAACAAAACAAAGAAUUUUGACGAUCUCCCUUCGCGGUUUGGGUACCGACUACCUAGCGAUGGAUUGAAGGGUUUCCUGAUUGGUGCACGACCAGCAAAUGCAUGUGAGCCUAUCGAGCCCCCGCCCAGGGACAACUUGACGGGUGUCUUCAUUGUCCUCAUCAAACGCUUUGAAUGCAACUUUGAUAUUAAGGUCCUCAAUGCACAGAAAGCUGGAUACAAGGCAGCCAUUGUUCACAAUGUGGACUCUGAUGACUUGAUCAGCAUGAGUUCCAAUGAUUUGGAUGUCAUGAAACAGAUCGAUAUUCCAUCUGUUUUUGUGAGCGAAGGGACAGCCAACUCUCUAAAGGAAGAAUACCUAUUUGACAAAGGAGGCCGCGUGAUCCUCAUGCCUGACUUCAGCCUGCCACUUGAGUUCUACUUGAUCCCCUUCCUCAUCAUCGUUGGAAUCUGCCUCAUCCUCAUUGUUGUCUUCAUGAUCACAAAGUUCGUUCAAGAUCGGCACAGGGCUAGGAGGAGCCGCUUACGAAAAGAUCAGUUGAAGAAACUUCCCAUCCACAAGUACAAAAAAGGAGACAUCUACGAUGUGUGUGCUAUUUGUCUGGACGAGUAUGAAGAAGGAGACAAACUUCGGGUCCUGCCAUGUUCUCAUGCCUACCAUUGCAAGUGCGUGGACCCCUGGCUGACCAAAACCAAGAAGACGUGUCCGGUGUGCAAGCAGAAGGUUAUCCCCUCGCAGGACGACUCCGACUCAGAAGAGAGCGGGGCCGACGAGAACGACGAUGCCUCCGAAAGCACGCCGCUGCUACGCUCGUCAGCUUCCACCAGCGCCCACUCGUUCGGCACCAUGUCGGCGGCGUCUCGCUCCGACCGCAACAGGGAAGAGUCAUCCUCAGAGUACGAGGAUGACGAGCUGGACGACAGUAGUGACGACGAGGUGACCGUGGAAGUCCAGAUGCAGCGGUCCAGCCCGGAAGGCCGGGACCACGACCUGCUUGAAGCUUGA